CUCUCUCUCUCUUUCUCAUUCAUAAAUAAUAAUUAACAAUUCACAUAUUGGAUAGAAUCUCUAUAAAGACUCUUUCUAAUGCUUUCAACCCAACCCAACCCCCUUCUCUCUAUCUCUCUUUCUCUAUCUGUUUCUCUAGCAUUUCUUCUCUUUCUGGCUUCUGCAGAUGAGAGAUGGAGCUUGGUCUCAGCUUGGGAGAUUCAUCAAAACCAUUUGCGUUCUUGCCAAAGAAUCGAGAGCUUACCACUACCACCACCAACAACACUAGUCGAGGGUUCUGCAUGACCUUGGGAAUCAACUCAAAUGGAAGAAGAGAACAAGAAAAAGCACAAGAACGUAGCCAUCAUGAUUCUUCCGAGGAUGAUGAUCGCACAUCAGAGGAAACCAUUAAAGCACAUACAGAAGAUGGUGUCGAUCAAAUGGUCUAUCUCUCUCCUCCUGUUCAGCUUGAUCUACUCCCUCUCGCUCCUGUUCCCCGUCUAACACCUUCAAAUCAACAAAUCUUUCCUUGGUCCUCCGAUAACGGGAGUUCGGAUGGGUGUUCAUCGGAAAACGUGGGAUUACCGGCGGCGAGGGGCUUCGACGUGAACAGGAUGCCGGCAGCAGCAGAGGAGAUGUCGUCUCCGAACAGCGUGGCGUCAUCGUUUCAGAUGGAUUUCUCUCUGUUCAGGGCCAGAAAUUUAGGGAAGAGGAGGGAAGCGGAGCCUUUUGGCAACGAUAUGGUGGAUGCUGAGAGAGCGUCCUCUAGAGCAAGCGAUGACGAUGAGAAUGGCCUAAACAGUCGGAAGAAACUCAGACUAUCCAAGGAACAGUCUGCUUAUCUUGAAGAGACCUUCAAGGAACACAACACUCUCAAUCCUAAACAAAAGCUUGCACUUGCAAAACAGCUUAAUCUUCGACCUCGCCAAGUUGAAGUCUGGUUUCAGAACAGAAGAGCAAGGACUAAGUUGAAGCAAACGGAAGUGGACUGUGAGUACUUGAAGAGGUGUUGUGAAACACUGACAGAAGAAAACAGGAGGCUACACAAGGAGCUCCAAGAACUCAGAGCUUUGAAGGCAUCAAACCCAUUUUACAUGCAACUUCCGGCGACCACCCUCACCAUGUGCCCUUCUUGUGAACGCGUUGCCACCACCUCCACCGCCCCUCACAACCCCACCACCACCACCCCAACCACCAAAACAGCCACUGAUUCUACCCCCAAAGCCACCCCUUUCCCCCUCUCUAGGCCCAGGUUCUACCCAUUCCCCAACACCACCGCAACUCAUCCACACAAAUCUUCAGCCUCGGAAAUGAGAGAGUCAGGGUGUUGAGUAAAAGAAACCAGUCAAACCCAAUCCUUAAAACUUCGUCAAAAAAUGGAAAAGGGUCUGUGUAAAUACUGGAGCUUUGAGUGUCUGAUUUAGCUUGUGUUUGUUAGAAGCUUAAGGGCUUUGUUUGAUGUUUUGGUGGUUCGUUUUCAUUGUGGUGGAAUAUUUUUAGCUACUUAGUGAAUUUUGUGGGGAUACGAUUAGACACUUUAGUUUUGAGAAAAAUCAGAAGGAAAAGGUAGGAGAGAGAGAGAGAGAGGAAAAGCAGUAGAUUAGAAGAAAUUCCCUUGUUUCCCUUCUUUUUCUUGGAAAGAAAAUACAGGAAAAUCUUCAUGUAAAUAUUAUUUAUUUAUUUGAUUAUUAUUAUAAUGUUGAUUAUUUAUGUUUUUUUGGGUGUUUGGGA